UAAAAUUGGUUCUCCACCCAAGACUCCUGUAAGCCAGGCAGCAGCUACCUCAGCUGGUCCUCCUAAUAUUGGAGCAGAAGUUAAUUCUGUGCCUCCAAAAUCCAGCCCGUUUGUUCCCAGAGUACCUGUCUACCCUCCACAUUCUGAUAAUGUUCAAUAUUUCCAAGAUCCCAGGACUCAGCUGUCAUAUGAAGUUCCACAGUACCCGCAGACAGGAUAUUAUCCACCACCUCCAACAGUACCAGCUGGUGUGGCUCCCUGUGUUCCUCGCUUUGUGAGGUCCAAUAACGUUCCAGAAUCCUCCCUCCCACCUGCUUCCGUGCCAUAUGCCGAUCAUUACAGUACAUUUCCCCCUCGAGAUCGACUGAAUUCUCCUUACCAACCUCCUCCUCCGCAGCCGUAUGGACCAGUUCCUCCUGUCCCUUCUGGAAUGUAUGCUCCAGUUUAUGACAGCAGGCGCAUCUGGCGCCCACAGAUGUACCCACGAGAUGAUAUUAUUAGGAGCAAUUCUUUACCUCCCAUGGAUGUGAUGCACUCAUCUGUCUAUCAGACAUCAUUACGUGAGAGAUACAACUCUUUGGAUGGGUAUUACUCUGUGGCUUGUCAACCUCCAAAUGAGCAGAGGACUGUGCCUUUACCGAGGGAGCCUUGUGGUCAUUUGAAGACUGGUUAUGAUGAGCAACUAAGACGGAAGCCGGAGCAGUGGGCGCAGUACCACACGCAGAAAACUCCUCUGGUAUCGUCAACCCUUCCUAUGGCAACACCAUCUCCAACACCACCUUCUCCUCUCUUCAGUGUAGAUUUCAGCACAGAGUUCUCAGAGAGUGUCAGUGAUUUGAGUGGAACUAAAUUUGAGGAAGACCAUCUCUCUCACUAUUCACCGUGGUCUUGUGGCACUAUUGGCUCUUGUAUAAAUGCUAUCGACUCAGAGCCCAAGGAUGUGAUUGCCAAUUCAAAUGCCGUGUUAAUGGAUUUGGACAGCGGGGAUGUUAAAAGGAGAGUGCAUUUAUUUGAAACUCAGAGAAGGGCAAAGGAAGAAGAUCCUAUAAUCCCAUUUAGUGAUGGACCGAUCAUCUCCAAGUGGGGUGCAAUCUCCAGGUCAUCCCGCACAGGUUAUCACACGACAGAUCCUAUUCAGGCCACUGCUUCCCAAGGAAGUGCUACUAAGCCCAUCAGCGUAUCAGAUUAUGUCCCUUAUGUCAAUGCUGUUGACUCAAGGUGGAGUGCCUAUGGAUCAGAUUCUACUUCAUCAGCACGUUACGCAGAACGGGACAGGUUCAUAGUUACAGAUUUGUCUGGUCACAGAAAGCAUUCCAGCACUGGAGAUCUAUUGAGCAUUGAAUUACAGCAGGCCAAAAGUAACUCAUUAUUACUGCAGAGAGAGGCGAAUGCACUAGCCAUGCAACAGAAGUGGAAUUCUCUAGAUGAAGGCAGUCGUCUUACUUUAAAUCUUUUAAGCAAGGAAAUUGAUUUGAGGAAUGGUGAGACUGAUUAUACUGAAGACUGCUCAGACACAAAGCCAGAUCGAGACAUUGAAUUAGAGCUGUCAGCCCUUGAUACAGAUGAACCUGAUGGGCAAGGUGAACAAAUAGAAGAGAUUCUGGAUAUACAGCUAGGUAUUAGUUCUCAAGAUGAUCAGCUGCUCAAUGGAACAACUGUAGAGAAUGGGCAUCCGCUAAAGCAGCACCAGAAAGAAUCUAUGGAACAGAAGAGACAAAGUUUAGGUGAAGACCUUGUGAUUCUGGAGGAGCAGAAAACAAUCCUGCCCGUAACUUCUUGCUUCAGUCAGCCGAUCACAACAUCUGUUAGCAAUGCAAGCUGCCUGCCCAUCAGCACAUCAGUCAGUGUUGGCAGCCUCAUUUUGAAAACUGCUCACAUUAUGUCUGAGGAUAAAAACGACUUUUUAAAGCCUGUUGCAAAUGGCAGGAUGGUUAACAGCUGAAAGGCAUUCAUCUUUCCAGCUUGUGACCACACUAUGGAAGCAUUUACACUAGCUUUUUAUAUAUAUAAUAUAUAUUAUAUAAUGUAUAUUUUUUUUAAAAAAAAUAAUAUUGGGGUCAUGCAUUUCCUGUGGACUCUUUGAUACUUCAAGCCCCUCUCGCAUUAGCAUUCUGAAGAAAAAAAAAAAAACUUACUUUACUAGGGUAAGGCGUUCACUUUCCACAAAUGAAUGGAAUUUGGACAUUGUUUUACUUAAGCUUAAAGCAGCUUUUUAUGAGUUUGUAGCAAUCCGGUGCGGUAUCUGAGCCAUUCUUGUUUAAAAUGGCUUCUGUAGAAAACUAACAACUCAGUUACUUAAACUAGCAGGAUCCUACGAUGAUACAUCUAGUGAAAGGAAGACUAACUUAUUUGUCUCUAUUUUGUUUCAUGAGAGAAGAACUUGUGUCUUGUUGCAGCUGCUUUUUCUUUAGUUGUGGAACUUCGCAUGGAGUAUUGUUUCCUGUUUGAAGACUGAGAGGUGGAGAUUUGGACUUGAGACUUUUACAGGGUUAACACACCAUUAGCUUUGCACUGUUACGUUAUUUGCAGGUCUGUGGUGCAGUGCUUUGCUGCAGCUUUUUGUUUCCAUUCCCCCCCUG